AUGAAUGAAGUAGCCCUGCGCGGCUGCUUCCAAUCGCUUUAUUUGCCGACUCGUAUCCGCCGGUGCCUUAAUGCUGGGCAAGAUGCAGUAAAGCCGAGGUUGGGGGCCACAGAGCGCACAAUACCCAUCAUUUUUGAAUCCGGAUUUCUGAUUUCCGAUGCCACUGCGGGAGCCGCCGGUAUUAAGCUCACUUGCAUGGGCCCUAAACGGCGAGAAGAGGUAUUGACCAGGGAGUCCAGAGCCGCAAACUUUGCUUUCAAGGCAGUAGCCCCGGUAGGCCCUCCUGCCCCGAAACUUGGAUGA